AUGCCUUCACUAGCCUCCCGUACCUGUUCCGCACCAUACAUCAAGCUCCCGCCCUCCUGCCAAUUCCAUUCCGUCUCGCGACGCCUUUCCCUCGGCCCUCCCCACUCCUCUGCCCGAGCCCACUGCCGCGUUGGCAGGUGCCUCCCCUUCUGGUGCGCUACUGGCGGCGCUCAGGCGAAUGCCCUUCUCCUUCCUCUUUCUCCCCCCGCUGGCGGCGUUCGUCUGGCGAGCGGGACCCGCUGCGGUUCCUCCUCUCUCCUUGCCUUGACCGAUCCGGUGCGCACAUCGCGCUGCUGCGCUCCCAUUGCUGCCGACCGCGCCGCUCCUGCGACCAGAGCUCCGUCCCGUCUCUCCUUCCCUGACGCCCGUGCGGCUCAGGAGAGCGUGGCUCAUCCUUCCAUCUGCCCCCGCGCGCCUGCUGCUGCUCCGGCGAACGCACGCCGCCGCCGCUCCAACCUCCCUGCUCUCCUCGCCUGUCAUCCGAUCUGA